AUCCAGAAGCUGUGUGACCGCGUAGCUUCUUCCACUUUGCUGGAUGACCGGAGGGAUGCUGUCCGUGCCCUUAAAUCGUUAUCAAAGAAAUACCGGUUGGAGGUGGGCAUACAGGCCAUGGAACAUCUCAUCCACGUCCUCCAGACAGACCGUUCAGAUUCUGAAAUAAUUGGCUAUGCCCUGGACACUCUCUACAAUGUAAUAUCGAAUGACCUGGAAGAGGAGGAGCAAGAAGAAAACUUACCAAAACAAGUUGAUGAUUUGGGAAGUCAGUUCACAGAGAUUUUCAUUAAACAGCAAGAAAAUGUCACACUCCUGUUGACUCUUGUGGAGGAAUUUGAUUUCCAUGUUCGUUGGCCUGGAGUGAAGCUACUUACGUCUCUCUUAAAGCAGCAAGGACCUCAAGUCCAGCAGAUAAUUCUUGUGAGCCCUAUGGGUGUUUCCAGACUCAUGGAUUUACUAGCAGACUCUAGAGAAGUUAUACGAAAUGAUGGAGUCUUGUUGUUACAGCAAUUGACAAAAAGUAAUGCAGCCAUACAGAAGAUUGUUGCCUUUGAAAAUGCCUUUGAGAGACUUCUGGAUAUCAUAACAGAAGAAGGAAACAGUGAUGGAGGAAUAGUAGUGGAAGAUUGUCUCCUCCUGCUACAAAACUUAUUGAAGAAUAAUAAUUCCAAUCAGAAUUUCUUCAAAGAAGGUUCGUACAUUCAGCGUAUGAAGCCUUGGUUUGAAGUUGGAGAUGACAACUGUGGGUGGUCUGCACAGAAAGUAACGAAUCUUCACCUAAUGCUGCAGCUUGUGCGGGUGCUCGUGUCCCCCACAAACCCUCCCGGUGCUACCAGCAGCUGUCAGAAGGCCAUGUUUCACUGUGGGUUGUUACAGCAGCUCUGCACAAUCCUGAUGGCAACCGGAGUGCCUGCGGAUAUCCUGACAGAAACCAUUAAUACUGUAUCAGAGGUAAUUCGAGGAUGCCAGAUGAACCAAGACUACUUUGCCUCUGUAAAUGCACCUUCUAAUCCACCAAGGCCUGCAAUUGUAGUACUUCUGAUGUCCAUGGUGAACGAGAGGCAGCCUUUUGUGCUACGUUGCGCUGUUCUCUACUGCUUCCAGUGCUUUUUAUACAAAAACCAAAAAGGACAAGGAGAAAUUGUUUCAACGCUUCUGCCAUCUACUAUAGACGCUACAGGUAACUCUGUCUCCGCUGGUCAGCUGCUCUGCGGGGGCCUCUUCUCCACGGACUCUCUCUCGAACUGGUGCGCAGCCGUGGCCCUGGCCCACGCUUUGCAGGAAAAUGCAACUCUGAAAGAACAGCUCCUGAGAGUUCAGCUAGCAACGAGCAUCGGCAACCCGCCCGUGUCGCUGCUGCAGCAGUGCACCAACAUACUCUCGCAGGGCAGCAAAGUACAGACCAGAGUCGGACUACUGAUGUUGCUUUGUACUUGGCUAAGCAACUGCUCAAUUGCUGUCACGCACUUCCUUCACAACCCAGCCAACGUACCUUUUCUCACAGGGCAGAUAGCUGAAAACCUUGGAGAGGAGGAGCAGCUCGUCCAAGGCCUGUGUGCCCUCCUGCUUGGCAUCUCCAUCUACUACAAUGACAACUCCCUUGAAAAUUAUAGGAAAGAGAAGCUGAAGCAGCUGAUUGAGAAGAGGAUUGGCAGGGAGAACUUCGUUGAGAAGCUGGGCUUCAUUAGCAAACAUGAACUUUAUUCCAGAGCUGCUCAGAAACCACAGCCUAGUUUUUCCAGCCCAGACCACAUGAUGUUUGAUCAUGAAUUUACCAAGCUUGUAAAGGAGUUGGAAGGUGUCAUAAGUAAAGCUAUUUACAAGUCCAGCGAGGAAGAUAAAAAGGAAGAGGAGGUCAAGAAGACAUUGGAACAGCAUGACAACAUUGUGACUCACUACAAAAAAGUCAUCAGAGAGCAGGACCAGGAGCUUGAAGAAUUAAAACAGCAAAUCAACACUUUAAAAUCUCAAAAUGAACAGCUCCAAGCAACAGUUACACAGCAAGUGUCGCAGAUCCAACAGCAUAAAGACCAAUAUAAUCUCCUUAAAGUACAGCUAGGAAAGGACACUCAGCAUCAGAACUCCCACAGCGAUACGUUUCAGAUGAAUGGCAUUCAGACGGAAGAAGUAAGCAAAUUGAAAGAGGAGCUGGAAGAAUGGAAAACCAAAUAUGACCUGCUGCAAGGACAGCUAAGGGAAAAGGAUUCUGUGAUUGAAAAAUUGAAGUCUUCACAGCUGGAAAUGGGAACAACAGAGCAGUCCUUGCAGACCAGCAGAUCUGGUGGCUUGGAGCACAACGCUGAACUACAGGAAUUAGAAAUGCUCAGGAGUCAGAUACAACAACAGUCUGCAGAAAUCUCUAAACUUCAGACUGAGAAUCAAAAGCUACAAGUAAUGAAUGCAACUGCAGAUCCCAUGUUAGGAGGCAACGGUGCAACAGCAGUCGAGAACUCUGAAGUGGAGGGACGACUUGAGCAAGAAAUAAAAGAACUGAGGAAUGAAGUCAAAGCCCUUUCCGAGGAGAAGGCAUCACUAAAGGAGCACCUGGAUUCAUCCAGUAGUACGGUUGCUAUCUUGCAAGAUGAGAAAAGUAAACUUCAGCAAGAAGUUGCAGAAUCAAAGAAAGAACAGGAUGAUCUUCUGGUGCUCCUGGCUGACCAGGAUCAGAAACUAUCCGCGCUGAAGAUCAAAUUGAAGGAUCUUGGUGUACCGGUUGAAGAUGAAGAUGACAUUGAAUCUGGAGAUCAAGGCGAUGAAGAUGAGGAUGGGGAUGAAGAGGAGCAAGACUAG